AUGGCUCCCAAACUCCCUUCUCGUCAGCUUGGCCAAAAUGGCUCUCAAGUCACAGCCCUAGGAUACGGUGCCAUGGGGCUUUCAGCGUACUAUGCGCCCGCAGCACCCGACGAAGAGCGUCUUCAAUUUUUGGAUUACAUCUACAGCAGCGGUAUACUUAAUUGGGAUACUUCUGAUGUGUACGGAGACAGCGAGGACCUGCUUGGAAAAUGGUUCGCCAAAACUGGAAAACGGGACGAAAUUUUCCUUGCUACUAAGGGUGGUGGUGGUGUUGAUGACGCGGGAAAUCCUCUGGUCAGGAGCGACCCUGAAUAUAUCAAGGGUGCCUGUGAACGCAGUCUACACAGACUGGGUCUUGAGUGUGUUGACCUAUAUUACAUUCAUCGCUUGGAUAAGGUCACUCCAAUUGAGAAGACAGUCGCUGCAAUGGUUGAGCUGAAAGAUGAGGGGAAGAUUAAGUACCUGGGAUUGUCUGAAUGUUCUGCGAACACCCUGCGUCGCGCGUGCAAGAUCCACCACAUCGCCGCUGUCCAGAUUGAAUAUAACCCAUUUAGUCUCGAUAUUGAACAAAACGGCCUGCUGGCCGCAUGCCGCGAACUCGGUGUGGCAGUAGUCUGCUAUGCACCUCUUGGACGGGGUUUCCUGACAGGGCAACUGAAGUCCCCGAACGAUUUCCCUGAAGGCGAUAUCCGUCGUUUCCUACCGAGGUUCUCGCCCGAGAAUUUCCCUAAGAACCUGCAGAUUGUAGAAGCCUUGGAUGCGAUGGCUAAAUCCAAAGGUGUUAAUGUUAGCACAUUGGCACUUGCGUGGCUUUUGGCCCAAGGCGAUGAUAUUAUCCCAAUUCCAGGUACGACGAAGCCGAGGAAUUUGGAUACCAAUAUCCUGGCCUUGUCUGUUACCCUUACUCCGGAGGAAAACGAAAAGAUCAGAGGUGUUGUCGAAGUUGCCGGUGUUUCUGGUGGAAGAUAUCAUGCUGCGUGGGACGAAUCAUUUGCUGAUACACCAGAGCUGUGA